GCAUCUUGGUUCCUUAAUUUACUCCGAUCUUCCAUUCCUCUGUUCCCUCCUUCCUUUCCUGUCACAUGUUAUAGAUCUUUUUCCCUGUUUUUUUAAUUUACUUACGACAGAGACACAGAUCCCAUCGCCAACCUAUGCCCUUUGUCGUUCCGUUAGUCCAAUCAUCCUGUUACACCUUUCUCCUAUCUUUCUCUAACCUAAUGAAUCUCUCAAUGUCUCUUCUCAUCAAAAGAUUCUCUCUUUCACCUCCCCAUUGAAAACCCUCGCAAAAGUUAUUGACUUUCCUCGGUCAAUCUUUAUGGGUCUGCUUCCAUUUCUUCUUCUGAUCUCUCUGGAAUGAUGAGUUAGCCAGUCUUGCUUCCUUUUCUGAGGUUUUUUUUCAUGGAUCGGGGGUUUAGAUUUCUGUGUAAGGCUGAAACUACGAGAUUAGUUUCAUUUGUAGGAAUUGCAGUGGCUAUAGUUUUAAUGUUUCAGUAUUCUGAACUUCCAACUGGUAAAUUCGUAUCUUCUGUUACUACCAAGAUUACUAGUUUUAGAAUGGAUACAUCUUUGGUUAAUUCCAAAGUGGAGGGUAACGACAUGCACCUAAAUGGUUCAAAUUUAAACUCUAAAGAUGCUGUGGAAGAGAAUGCAGUUAGUAGUAUGGACUCCCUCUUUAACAAUGGCAGAGAUUCAAUUACUGCCCCUGCACCAGAGAAAGCUAUAGGACUUGCUGAUAGUGUUGUUAAUUUCACAACCACAAAUGAUGGUUCUCCAAUGAGUAGUGCUCCGGAAAAGCAACUUAGUUUGAAAUCACAAGGAGCUGCAUCACCACAACCUAUGGUGCCAUCGCCCAACAGAACAUCCUUAGAUUCGGAAACGGAUUCAAGAAGUCCUGUGGCAUCUGUCACUUCAGCAGCAACUUCGGUGAAAUCAAACACCACUGGUUCGGUUUCCAAGGAUGGAAAGUCAGGUUCUUUGCAAGGUAGUAGUAACAUGACAGUCAAUAAUGGUAAGCCUGUGAGUGCAAAGAAUUUCAAAAGGAGACCAUCUAAAGUUGUUUCAAUAUCUGAGAUGAACUUGUUAUUGCAGAUUAAUCACGCUUAUUCCCAGCAAGAGAAACCAGAAAGGUUUUCAGGGGUUGAUCUAGAAAUAUUCCGUGCAAAAUCAGAGAUUUUAAAUGCACCCAUCGCUGUGAAUGAUUCAAGACUUUACCCACCAUUAUACAGGAAUGUCUCCAUGUUCAGAAGGAGUUAUGAACUAAUGGAAAGGAAACUCAAAGUUUUCAUCUACCCGGAUGGAGACAGACCAAUCUUUCACGAGCCCUUAUUAGAUGGAAUAUAUGCAUCUGAAGGAUGGUUCAUGAAAUUAAUGGAAGCAAACAAACAGUUUGUCACUGGGGACCCUGAGAAAGCUCACUUGUUUUACAUACCUUUCAGUUCUAGACUGUUGCAGCAAACUCUGUAUGUACGUAACUCACACAGACGUUCCAACUUAAUUGAGUACAUGAAAAAUUUUGUGAACCAGAUUUCUGGAAAAUAUCCUUUCUGGAAUAGAACUUCUGGAGCAGAUCACUUUGUUGUUGCUUGCCACGAUUGGGCUCCUGCAGAAACAAGAGGGCGCAUGCUUAGUUGCAUCAGAGCCCUCUGCAAUGCUGACAUUGAAGUAGGAUUCAAGAUAGGCAAGGAUGUUUCUCUUCCAGAAACAUACAUAAGAUCAAGUGAGAAUCCUGUCAAAAACAUUGGGGGCAACCCUACUUCUCAAAAGCCUAUAUUGGCUUUUUUUGCAGGAGGUUUGCACGGUUACGUUCGGCCUAUUCUGCUGGAACACUGGGAGAACAAAGAACCAGACAUGGUGAUAUCUCGGACCUUGCCUCAUGUCAGGGGCAACAAAAACUACAUUCGGUUCAUGAAGAGUAGCAAAUUCUGCAUCUGUGCAAGAGGUCACGAGGUUAAUAGCCCGCGUGUGGUAGAGGCUAUAUUCCAUGAGUGCAUUCCAGUUAUCAUAUCUGACAAUUUUAUUCCUCCUUUGUUUGAGAUUUUGGACUGGGAAUCUUUUGCUGUGUUUGUCACCGAGGAAGACAUUCCCAAUUUGAGGAACAUUCUGCUAUCAAUUUCUGAAGAGAGAUACUUAGAGAUGCAUGAGAGGGUGAAAAGGGUGCAAGAGCAUUUUAUGUGGCAUGCUGAACCUGUAAAGUAUGAUUUAUUUCACAUGCUUCUUCAUUCAAUUUGGUACAAUAGACUUUUUCAAAUAAACCAGACAUGAUCAUCAUGCAUCAGUUUAGCAGAAAGCUCACUUUGUAGGAUUGAUGACUUAUGUUUGGUAAUUGGCAUGCGUUAUACAAAUGAAGCAAGAAGAAAAUGAUUUGAGAAAAUGUUCAUUUUUUCUAGAGGGUCAUAUAGACAAGAACAUAUAAUAGUUUGUCCAGAACAAUGUUAGUGUUUGAAGAGAAAUCAUGAAUAUCUUUGUAUUCUAUACUUGGCCAGAUUAUAAAAGUGUUUAUUAUUGUCAUCA